UUUAUUUUUUUAUUUUUUUCGUUUUUUCUCCUUUUUCUUUAACCCCACACACACACACACACACUCUCUCUCUCUCUCUCUCUCCCUCAGGAAACAUUAUAUUAAAGCAAAGCAAAAGUGAGUGACCAAAUUAAGAAAAAGAGGACUUGCAAGAUCCGGUAGUAGCUAGGGUUAUUGAGUUUUUUUGGUCAUAUGGGCUCUGCAAGAAACCAAAAUCCAUGGGCACCAUAUGACUCAUACAAAGAUUGUUCCCAAGGGAUUUGCAGCAUCUACUGCUCUAAAUGGUGCUAUAUCAUUGGCCCCCCACCUCCUUCACUCGAUUUCACCGAAGCCGAUGACCAAAACCACGACUCUCCAACAGAUCUUUCUCCUCUCAUUAUAGCAAUCAUUGGCAUCUUUGCUAGUGCCUUCAUUCUAGUCACUUACUACACCGUUAUAUCCAAAUACCGCAGGCAAAGAGGAAGCGAUGGAGCUCAAGACAUGAACAUGGACAGUUCGAAUCCAAACCUAGUUAGUGAAUCGAGGCAAGGCUCAAAUAACGGUCUGGAUGAGUCCCUGAUCAAGUCCAUCAUGGUUCACAAGUACAAGAAAGGUGAUAAGCUUGUGGAAGGCACAGACUGCUCGGUAUGCUUAAGUGAGUUUGAAGAAAAUGAGAGCCUGAGGCUGUUGCCGAAAUGUAGCCAUGCUUUCCAUGUUCCUUGCAUUGAUACUUGGCUCAAAUCUCACUCCAGCUGUCCACUGUGUCGUUCAAACAUUUCUGCUCCUGCCAUUGCUCUAGUUCCUCAUCAGCAACUAGCGCUGCCUCCGGUCGAAGAAAAUCCACAGGAGGAGGUGAAUGUGUCCGCUUCGGAAUACCAACAUAGGAGUAAUGAAAAUAUUUUGGUGGUUCAAGAUAAUUCGGAAGAGGUUGUUAGUCAGUUGGAGAGUAGAGUGAGUAGUUGUGAGAUUGAACAAGAUCAUGGGAUCCAGCAGCAGUUGAGGAGAUCAGUUUCCAUUGCCGAUGUGUUGCAUUUGCAUGAUAGUGAAGAUGAUGAUGAGGACUUGGAAAAUCAGAUGGGAAGUGCCCAAUUUUCCAUGGAAAUUGGAUCAUCAAAAGGAGUUGAUCAAGAACAGAAUUUCAAAUCCAGUAACAGCCCUAGAAGUAGUGGAGUUUUCAGCUUGGUAAAGGGUCCUCUUGUGAUGAAGAGAUCAACUUCAACAGGGAGAUUAGUCUCAAGGUAUGGAAAGGAAAAGAAUUCUGUAAUUCCUAAUUGAAGCCAUUGUUUUCCUCUUUUCCAAAAUUAGUGUAAAAAUCCCCCAAUUUCUA